GAGUGUGAGCUGAUAAAUAAGGAACAGAAUCAGACUAAUAAAGAUGAAGUUGCAUCAAACAAUUCCACUUCAAAGAAUGAAGAAAUAUCGGAAUCAACUACUAUCUCUAAAAGUCUUCCAAGCUCUUGUGUAAACAUGACGGCUGGUAUUCAAGAGAUACAAAUUGGAAAUGCAAAACCUUUCAAGGCGAUGUGCGAUGGAGAUGGUUGGAUGAUUAUUCAGCGACGAAUUAAUGGAACUGAAGACUUUAAUAGGACCUGGCAGGAAUACGAGGAUGGAUUUGGAGACUUAAAUGAGGAGUUUUGGUUUGGAUUGGAAAAGAUUCAUCUCGCUACGAGUUUUACACGCCAGAGGUUAAACAUGUCUGUAAGAGUUGGGUGGGGAACGAAGCCAUUUGCCAUUCACUUUGAUGACUUUAGGAUUGGAAAUUCGGAAUCCUUCUAUAAAUUGGAAUCAACCGGAAAUUGUACGGAACACAAUUGCCAGGCAGAUCGUACUGUGUUCAUAAAGAAUGUGAACAAUGCAUUUUCAACAUACGAUGCAAAUCAUAAUGGAAAUCCCGAACUAAAUUGCGCUAGUUAUGGAUUAAGUGGCUGGUGGUUUAGUUUCGACUGCUUGGAUAUUAACAUGAAUGAACCAACUAAUGGUUAUUGGAGCUCAGUCGUGAAAUUACGGCCAUACUCUGAUUGAUGUUUCCAUUUGUCGA